AUGGAUGAUUCCAUAAUGGACGACUCGGUUUUCGAUAUCGACAGCGAUGGAGGUAGCUCUGAUUUUGUCCCAGAGAAGCCCAAGGCCGCCCCGAAGAAGGCGCCUGCUAAAGCUGCGUCCAAGAAAACAACCCAGACUACACUAAAGAAGCCCGCUGCCAAGGCUGCACCCAAGAAGAAGGCCAAGGCCGACAGCGAGGAUGAAGUGUCUGAUGUCAGAAUGUCCGAUGACGAUUCACUCUCCCACACCCCUCCUAAGGCGAAGAAGGCUGCUGCUCCGAAGAGAGCGGCCUCAAAGCCACUUGCAGACGUCGAGAAUGAGUCUUUUGGAGGAGAUGCCCCCUCCGAUUCCAAGAAAGGUGCGGCAUCAGAGAAGUACCAGAAGCUUACACAACUUGAACACAUUAUCAAACGUCCCGACACAUACAUCGGCUCGAUCGAGGCCACUACACAGAGUAUGUGGGUUUACAACUCCACAACGGAUUUGAUGGAGCACCGUCCUGUUACUUUUGUCCCGGGUCUGUACAAGAUUUUCGAUGAGAUCAUGGUCAAUGCCGCCGACAACAAACAUAAUGACAAGAACAUGAAUGAGAUUCGAGUGACCAUCAACCGUGAGGAGGGUGAGAUCAGCGUGUGGAACAACGGUCGUGGUAUCCCGAUUGAGAUCCACGCCAAGGAAGGAAUCUAUGUCCCAGAACUUAUUUUCGGCCAUCUUCUCACCUCGUCCAACUAUGAUGAUACCCAAGAGAAGGUUACUGGUGGUCGUAACGGAUUCGGUGCCAAGCUUUGUAAUGUAUUUUCCAACGAGUUCAUUCUUGAAACUCAGGAUUCGCGCCAGAAAAAGAAGUACAAGCAGGUUUGGACAUCGAACAUGUCCAAGGUGGGCGCAGCGAAGAUUUCCGACGCCAAGGGUGACGAUUACACCAAGGUUACGUUCAAGCCCGACUUUGCCAGGUUUGGCAUGACCGGAAUCGACGAUGACUUUGAGGCUUUGGUGAAGCGCCGUGUCUAUGAUUUGGCGGGUACAUCGGGCGUUACUCUCAAGCUCAAUGGCACCCGCAUUCCCAUUCGGAAUUUCAAGCAGUACAUGCAGAUGUAUACCAAGGCCAUUCGACUGGAACGUGGUGAUGAUGGCCCGCCCGCCAAGGAUGAGAUUAUCACCUGUUCUCCCGACCCACGGUGGGAGAUUGGCUUUGCUGUCUCGGAUGGUGAUCACCAACAGGUAUCAUUUGUCAACUCCAUUGCUACCACAUCUGGUGGAUCUCAUGUGAACUACAUCACCGACCAGAUCUGUAACAAAUUGGCAGAAGCAGUCAAGAAGAAGAACAAGACCGGUGCCACACUGAAGACUGCUCAGAUUAAGAGCCACAUCUUUAUCUUCGUAAAUGCUCAGAUUGUCAACCCGGCCUUCACUUCUCAGACCAAGGAGCAAUUGACUACCAAGCCUAGCCAGUUCGGCAGCAAGUGUGUCAUCGAGGAAGACUUCUUUAAGAAGGUCCUCAAAACAGAGGUCAUGACAAACAUUCUGCAUUUUGCCGCUCAAAAAGCAGAUCAAAUCCUGAAGAAGGGUGACAGUGGUCGUCGGUCUCGCAUGACCAAUCCUAAGCUAGUAGAGGCCAACAAGGCGGGUACCAAAGAUGGCCACCACUGCACACUAAUUUUGACGGAAGGUGACUCGGCCAAGGGUUUGGCAAUGGCCGGACGCGCUGUCGUUGGGCCUGAUCUUUUCGGUGUCUUCCCCCUCCGCGGAAAGCUGCUGAAUGUUCGCGAUGCUACUUUUGACCAGAUUUCCAAGAACGCGGAAAUUCAAAACAUCAAGAACUUCAUUGGAUUACAGCAUAAGAAAGAAUACACCGACACAAAGGGUCUUCGUUACGGCCAUCUGAUGAUCAUGACCGAUCAGGAUCACGACGGUAGCCACAUCAAGGGACUGCUCAUCAACUUCCUCCAGGCACAAUUCCCUAGUUUGCUCAAGAUCCCUGAGUUCCUUAUCGAGUUCAUUACCCCUAUCAUCAAGGUCUGGAAGGGUGACCCAAAGAAUCCCACCAAGGCGAAGUCCUUCUUCACCAUGCCUGAAUAUGAAGCCUGGCUGGAGACUCACAAAGGCGAGCGUGGUUGGGAACACAAGUACUACAAGGGUCUGGGUACCAGUUCUACCGACGAUGCCCAAAUCUAUUUCCGAGACCUUGAUCGUCACUUGAAGGAAUUUCACACCAUGCAGGAAGGCGAAGAAAAGCUCAUUGACCUGGCAUUCUCAAAGAAGAAGGCAGACGAGCGAAAGGAAUGGCUACGCCAGUACAAGCCUGGUACCUUCCUGGAUCACUCCAUGUCGAAGAUCAGUUACACGGACUUCAUCAACAAGGAGCUCAUUCUUUUCAGUAUGGCGGAUAACCAGCGUUCGAUUCCUUCCGUGGUCGAUGGUUUGAAGCCUGGUCAGCGUAAGGUUCUGUACGCCUGUUUCCGCAAGAAUCUGAAGAAGGAUAUGAAGGUCGUGGAACUGGCGGGUCUUGUUUCCGGAAUGACUGCCUACCAGCACGGUGAAACCUCGCUCCAGCAAACUAUCGUCGGUCUGGCUCAGACAUUCGUUGGCUCAAACAACAUCAACUGUCUCGAGCCUAGUGGAAACUUUGGUAGUCGACUCCAAGGUGGUAGCGAUUGUGCCAGUGCGCGUUACAUUUACACCCGACUGUCGCCUUUCGCGCGCAGGGUUUUCAACCAAGCUGACGAUCCUCUGCUGACAUACAAUCUGGAUGAUGGCAAGAAGAUUGAGCCUGAGGUCUACAUGCCUGUCGUUCCCAUGGUCUUGGUCAACGGCGCCGAUGGUAUUGGAACCGGUUGGAGUUCGUCCAUCCCUAACUACAACCCAGAGGAUAUUGUGAGAAAUCUCAGGGCCUUGAUGGAUGGAAAGCCUACUGAGCCGAUGAAGCCCUGGUUCCGCGGCUUUACCGGUGAGGUUGUGGACUUGGGCGGAGAUCGUUUCAAAUUCAGCGGAAUUAUCAAGGAGACCGGAGAUAAGGAAGUUGAAAUCACCGAAUUGCCUAUUCGCACCUGGACCCAGGACUUCAAGGACAAGCUGGAGGAGAUAAUCAAGGCUGAGAAGGUGCCUUCCUUCAUCAAGGAUUACAAGGAUUACAACACCCACAGCAAGGUCCAUUUCAUCAUUCAGCUGGAUGAGAAGAACCUGAAGAGCGCGCUGUCGGAUGGCCUUGAAGAGAAGUUCAAACUUACCAAGACCAUGGGUACCACCAACAUGGUCGCAUUCGAUCCGGAAGGCCGCAUCACCAAGUAUGCCACCGUUGAUGACAUCCUCAAGGAGUUCUACCAUGUGCGUCUCAAGUACUAUGAGAAGCGUAAGCAGUACAUGCUAUCAGAGCUUCAGCGGGAGUUGGAGAAGCUCAGCAAUCAAGCCCGCUUCGUGCAGAUGAUCAUCGAUGGAAAGCUGGUCAUCUCCAAGAAGAAGAAGGCAAUCCUUAUCACUGAGUUGAAGGAGAAGGGUUUCAAACCCUUCCCUAAGGUGAUUGAUGCUGCCAAGAUGGGCGAGGAAGAAGAAGUUGUGGAGGAGGGUGAGGAAUCCGAAGAUGCUGAGGUAGAAACACUGUCAAGCGCCUAUGAUUACCUGCUUGGUAUGGCCCUUUGGUCACUGACCCAGGAGCGUGUUGAAAAGCUCCGCCGCCAGAUUGGCGACCGUGAGACUGAAAUCGAUACCUUGAUCAAGCUCUCCAAGGAGGACAUCUGGCGGAAGGAUCUGGAUGACUUCAUUGCCGAGUGGCGCUUCCAGCUCGAAGACGAAGAGCGCCGUGCUCGCAAGGCAUUGGGCCAGGGCCGUCGUGCUUCUUCGAAGCUUAUGACCGGCGGAGGUCGUGCUACUGCCGCACGUAAGCGUAAGGCUGCCAAUGGCGAUGACCCGGAUGAUGAAGACUUUGGGGGACCAAAGACCAAGAAGGCUGCGGCAGCCAAGAAGAAAAAGGAAACGGUGCCCAAGACGAACACUCUCACCAAUUUUCUCAACCAACCGAGCAAGCCUAGUGCCUCAUCGGGUGACGGAACUGCCGACUCGGACGAUGACUUCGACUUUGUCGAGGAAGUGAUCCCCAAGAAGAGCCGCGGUGCAUCAGCAAAGGCCAAGCCCACUCCUCAACCCAAGGAGGAAGAUGUAGACGUCGAUAUGGACCUUGACGAGGCCCCAGCAACCACUACUCCGCCCGCUGACGAUAUUUUCAACAUUGACAGCGAGCCCGAGGAGCCCGCUCCGAAGCCAAAGCCCGCCGCAAAGCCAAAGCCUGCAGCAAAGCGAGCUGCCAAGCCCAAGCCAAAGGCAGAAGACUCAGACGAUGACUUCCUUGAGAUUGCAAAUGAGUCCCCCAAACAGACCGCACAAUCUAGCCGUGUCCGCAAGCCCGUGAAGUAUGAUGCUCUUAGCGACUCUGACAGUGACAAUGGAGAUGACCUUCUUGGAGAUGUCAGCCAAAUGGUGAAGGGCAUUGGUGGCGGCGAUUCAGAUUCUCGAAAACUCUUUUCAGAGCGCUCCCGUGCGGGAAGUAGCGCUAGCAUGAUGUCUCCUCCUAAGCAAUCCAAGAAUUACGACUUAGAUGCUGAUUUAGAUGAUGACCUUGAGACAGACUACAGCAAGCUUCUGCCUGCUAAGUCACCCCGGCGUUCGUUGCUAGUGACGAAGCCUAAGGAGGUUUCUCGCAUUGAAGAUGAGGAUGAAGAGGAAGACGAGGAGGAGGAACCUGUCAAGCCUGCCGGAAGGGCCAAGGCGGCACCCAAACCCAAGGCUGCCCCGAAGGCCGCAGCAAAGGCUGCUCCCAAGCCUAAAGCUGCGCCCAAACCCAAGGCUGCCCCCAAGCCCAAGGCAGCAACCAAAGCUAAGUCUGCUCCAGUAGCCUUGUCCCCGGCGGCCAAGGCUUACGCAGCAAAGCAAGCUAAGGCGAAGAAGCAAGCCGAGGAUGAUUACUCCGAGGAUGACAUUGAUGCCAUGGCCAACGACAUCUUGGACUCACCCGCCGGCAAAGUUGACAUCUCGGAUGAUGAUGUUGAUGAGCCUCCCGCUCGUCGUGCCGCCGCCAGUCGUCCUUCCCGUCGCACCGCAACACAAGCCAAGAAGAGUUAUGUCAUCGAUGUCGAUAGCGAUGAGGAUGAUGGUUCAGCUGAUGAUUUCGAGGAGGAUGACAGCGAGUAG